AAUGUGAUCAUAGCAAGAUAAAGAACACCCACUGCAAUGACCCCAAGCGCCACACAGAAGUGGAACUCUUAUCACCUACAGCUGGUGAAGUCUUUUAUACAUAAAUUAAACAAAUUCAAUUCCACGCUGUGUUUAUUGUACAUUAGUAGUACAUGUAUAUACUCAUUGUUUCAAUAAUGAGGGGAUUAGAUUUAUAACGAUAAUGUUAUAUUGCUUAUUAAAUUUAGCAUACGUAUACCAUGUGAAUUAAUCAUGUCUCGUAGACUUUCUAUUUUUUCUCUUUGUCGGACACCUAUGAUUAAUUAUGCCUCGUUCCAAACAAAGCGUAACCGACGAUGACACGGCAUACCCUUUGAUUUUCAUUCUAUAAAUGACACUGGGAAAUUCCUGAUUAAUUGUCGGAGUUGAUUUUGCCAUGCUAUACAGAAUGAUUUUGGCGUCUUUCUGCAUCAUUAUUGCGUGCAUUUCUGAGGUAAGAUAUCGCUAAUAGUAAUACUAUCAAUCAUCUUGAUACCAUUUUACAAUGAUAUACAGAGACAAAAGGGUUGGUACAUACACAUUGGCAAGUAAUGUAUGCGUGAAAUAGAGUACUUGUAGGGGAAAAUCGUGUUAUUAUGACCGUGAAGUAUUGACAUUAGGGGAGCACAUUUUAUUUACUUUCUUAAUGAAAGCGCAUAGUUUUCUCAAGAGACAGUGUUUGUUGUUGGACAUGAUUUAAAGAUACAUGUAUGUUUAAUUCUUAUUUGUUUCGAUGAUAAACAUUGCAUUCUUUGCUUUAGUAAUGAAUAACAGUUGAGUACGUAAUGAAAUCCAUUUUCAUUACAGUAACCUUCUGUCAUCUAUUGGUACACAGUGUAGCACCCCAACGUCCACUUUCAUUUGGUAGACGGUGAUUGUAUGUUCGGAAUGUUAUGCAAUGUAAUCACAUCUUUUAAUAAUAAAUCAAGAUCAUCUUCAAACGUCAGUUCUUCUCUAUAAAAUCAAUAGUUUAAAUGCUUUCGGAGAAGUUUGAAGCAUGGAGUGCCAUUUUUGUGUGAACAAUACAAUACUAAUUAAUAUGUACUAAACUGACCUUGGUUUUUUGGUUUUUUUUUUAUACCGUCGAUCAUUCUAUUUUAUACAGAUCGCCCACGCUUUUGCAUCUCCUUAACAACUAAACUUUAUGAUGAACGGAAUGAUUUCAGUUUUUCCAUCGGCAACGUCCCAUUAAUUCAACACCACUUGCAUAUCUAAAAAUAAAUGUAAAUUAAUCUCCGCCCACUCAUUCUUUUAAAGCUUGAAACAGAGAACGAUUAUCCUCAAAGCUUAAAGGCAUACGUGCCUGACGUGGCUAUCAAUUGGAUAUUAUCGAAGGAAUAAAAUAUCUUGGCAGGAUAAGAAACGCCACAUUUUGACAUAUAUACAUGAUCUUGUAACGUCUCAAGCUGAAUUAAAAAAGUAAACAAUUACUGUAUAUGCGGCGACAUGAAAGCGUGGAUGGCCUGCAGACUGUUGGUGGAACACAUUCAGGGGAGCGAGGAGGGGUCUUGUUCUACCAUCUCUUCGUGUAAUGCAACGCACAUGGAAGUUGUAGAGAGAUGUCCUAGGUCAAGACAGGAAUGGGAAGAAGAAGCCAAACUGAAGAACUGUGAUGGAAUAGCAUCGCCGUGUCGUGCCUCGAAUAAUCUACAGUACCAUUGUUUAAUCAACACUUGGUUAAAUAAUACUGUGUCCGUGUGCGCCACACCACAGUUUAUAAUUGGGUAUCAAUGUGCAGAGUUCAAUAUCAGAGGAAGCAGCAUUCAGCCACAUUGGGAAACAGAUUGUAGCUCCUUCACACCUCCAUGUCCGUUUCGAUAUAAAUCCAACAAGGCAUUCCAGUAUCAAGAGUGUUAUGAACUUAUCAAAAGAGAUAAUACAACGCUAACGUCUAUACUGUCUUUUGUUGAUAUAACGACCGGCGUACAGGUAUCAACUGAUGUCGAUGAAAGCAGAUCAAUUACCAAUGUCCUGUGGCCAGUUUUUGUUUUAGCAGUUGGGUUGGUUAUUGCAAGUGUUGCGUAUUUUAUGUACAGCAAAUGUUGUAAAGUUCUUCGGGUUAGAAAAGGAGAAACACUAAAUAGUGACCAAGACGACUUUGAAAUAACUGAAGUACUGUCACACAAUUUGGAAACGCCCAGUGAAUAACGAUACAGUUAUUAGGUUAUCCCGUUUUAAAAUAUUUACGUACUGAUUUUGCCUAUGGAGUACUCCGUUCAUCUGAUUCAGAUAUAAAUCUCACAACCGGUGUGGUUUGUCAACAACAUAUGCUUACAAUUAUGUACAACUCCUAGACAAUUAUUCCCACUUUUCCUGUGGAUGUGUUAACUCCAUGACUUCCAUUUAAUUUAUCAUUAAUGUUUAUGUAUGUCUUAGACGCACUGAUCAUAUUAGUAGUGAAAGGACAGAAACUGAAGAUGGAAGAAAAUGAAAUAAAAAUUAAAAGGAUAACUCCAAAAGGAAAACCGUACAACAUGAGCAUAGCACGGGUUUUUAAACGGAAUAUUUAUAAUGAAUAUGCUAUUUAAAGGUGAAAUUUUUAUAUCUUGGUUGAGCAAAUUAUGACAAUAGUGUUGCUCCAUGAACAUAUAGCCAUACAUUUCUUGUUUGAAAUUAAGACUAGAAUUUCAAUGAUCUGUGUGUUUAGAUUUGUUACCAUGCAUUUAAACAUUAUUAUAAAGGCAAGUCGUAGUUGGGAAUGUUGAAAUUCCCAUUGUUCUUCCAUGUACGGUUCUUCUGAUGGACAUCUUCAUUGGGAUAUCACUUGAUGUCUAAUUGUGAAAUUGUAUUGAAUGAUAUGCAGAGAUCUAAGAAUUGGUGACUUGAUAUGUUAAUAUUGAACGUAUAUGAUAUGUUGAAAAGUCCAGAAAAACGAUAACUUUGCGUCUGCUUGUCAUCGUUAGAAUGAUACACAUGUAUUAGGUAAACUGGAUCCUUUUUGGUUGAACAAUUGCAAUGUUAUGUAAUUUGAACUUAUAAAUUUACGUACUAUCUUGUAAAUGGAUAUAUAUAAUGAAGAUUUCACAUUAAUUCCAAAGCA